ACCUGUCCCGCCCUCAGCGAGUGCCGCUUCCUCCCCGGUGCCUGGGCCCAGGCGCCGCGCCGCGCCGCCGAUGGAGCUGGAGGCGCAGUGGUGGACAGGACAGCUGGCGGCCGACAUCCACCAAGCGCUUCGAUACAAGGAGCUAAAGCUGCCCCCUUACAAAGGCCAGUCUCCCCAGUUACACCUGAGAAGAUACUUUGCAGACCUGAUUGCCAUUGUGAGCAACCGCUUCAGGCUGUGUCCUGCUGCUCGCCACCUGGCUGUGUACCUGCUGGACCUCUUCAUGGACCGCUACGACAUUUCCACACAGCAGCUGCACGUGGUUGCUCUGUCCUGUUUACUUUUGGCAAGUAAAUUUGAAGAAAAGGAAGACAGUGUUCCCAAGCUUGAACAGCUGAACAGCUUGGGUUGUAUGACUAACAUGAAUUUGGUACUCACAAAACAGAAUUUGCUUCAUAUGGAGUUGUUGUUGCUAGAAACAUUUCAGUGGAAUCUGUGCCUUCCAACUGCUGCUCAUUUCAUCGACUAUUAUCUUUCUGUUGCUGUCCAUGAGACUGAUCUUCAUGAUGGCUGGCCAAUGGUUUGCUUAGAGAAGACUAAGUUAUACAUGGCAAAAUAUGCUGAUUACUUUCUGGAAGUAUCAUUGCAAGAUCAUGAAUUUUUAAAUUAUGCCCCUUCUUUAGUUGCUACUGCAUGUGUAGCUUCUUCAAGGAUUAUCCUGCGUCUGUCACCCACGUGGCCCACGCGGCUGCAUCACCUCACUGCCUACUCCUGGGACUUCCUGGUGCCGUGUAUUGAGCGACUCUUAAUUGCUCAUGAUAACGAUGUGAAGGAAGCAAACAAGCAGAAAGGACAACAGGCUCAGUCUGCCCAGCACGCCGUGUUUCAGCCCCCAGCUCCCAGUGCCCAGCAGGGCAAUGCUCAGCAGCACCCGCACAUACCACAGUACCUGCAGGCUCACCAGUCCUCCUUGCAGUUCCACCACCCAGCAUCACAGCAGCAGAGCUGCCAGCAGAUACUGUCAUCCGCUCACACAGCCUCCUACCCGCUGCAGAGCUGCCCUGCUGCCCUGCAGAGCAGUGCUCAGGCUCGAGGCCACGUGCAGACGGGCGCUGCCGUGUCCCUGGCUGUGCCGCUGGACGUGAAGCCGUGCAUAAGUGUCUCCUACAACCGGACGUACCAAGUGAACGGACGAUAUUCCUGCAUUACUCCCUGCUUUGAGAGGUGAUAAGCACAAAAUGCUUUUGUGCUUGUUUGUUUUUUGGGGUGGAGAGUUGUGUGGAAAACGGUUUCAUUUUGUUAAACCUCAAAGUUGGAGGGCAAAAAAUUGAAUUAAAAAAGGUGUCUUCCCAGGAAAGAAAGCAACUGGACUGGCAACCGGUACCACAGCUCAAAUAACAGCCUGCAAAAAGUUAGCACACAGACCAUCCUCUGAAAAAGAAUCUGUAUGCUUGGGGAUAAUGCCUUCUUCCUCUGACACUCAGAAUAUUCUGCUUCUAAUGUGUGUCUGUGAAAUACUACUCAAAAAAAAAACAGCUGUGGACUAACUACAGACUUAUCUUUUAAUGAAGGAGAUAUGCAGUAUUAUUUUGAAGACAUUUACGUCAUCCCACCGUACAGUAUUAACACUUACUUUAUACUUACUGAAACUUAAGAAUCCACUGAAUGCCAGACUUCUACAGUUACAUGGAGAUCACAGGAAGAAACAAAUCUCAUGUGGCUAACUCCAUCAUCUUGCCCCUUUUUCACCACUGGUGUUGGUUAUUUGCUUUAGGCUAACACACAUGAAUUAACUGGUGUUUUGGCUAGUUUUUUAAGUUUUGUACCUUACAGGACAGACAGUAUAUUUUUGCCUCUUUUAUCCUCCCUAUCUUUUUUGUGUUUAAAGUAACUCUUUCAUACUAACUCAGGGACUUUUCUACUCGUUACUCUGUGCUGCUGGUUUGUACACUAAUUGGGUUUAACUCGGGGAAGGAAGGCAGAGGGGGAAGAGACUAUAGCAAGUGGAGUGGCUUUUCUUCAGGGCAUCUAUGCAGAGUACCAAAGGGAUAUGUUAGUGUUCACAGAAUGUAGAUGUGAACUACUGCCCAGCAGUGUGAUAAUUGAAGAAAAGAGAGAGUUUCAACUGAACUUGUACUGUACCAGAACUACUACAGUGGCUGUGAUUCCUCUUUGUACACACACACAAACACAUGAAUACUAUUAAUCAACAGAGAGCAUCCUCCAGUUGUACUGACAGUACCAUCCCUACAGAAAAAGUACACUUAAAUGCUGAUAGAAAUCCAGUUCUGUCACGUUUAUAGUGGAGGGAAAUUCUCAGGUAAUAAAGGGGCAACUUUUUCUUCUACUAUUUGGGAGUUCCAGAAGAAGAUGUAGAGAUUUGCUCUUCCAAGUGGGUGGAUCAAAAAUAUUUAGCAGAGUGAACUCCUUCACCACAAGUAAGGUGCUAAUAAUAUAACUUUAUGGAAUUACACUAUCUCCUGUGGAGUGGAUAGUCUGAGGGUAGAAAGCUUCACUCAUCCACCUCUUGGAUGAAAAUUAUGGUAGAGAUAUUAACAGAUGGUUUUUGGGGUCCUUUUG